AUGACGGACUUGCACCCCGCCCUCAUCGACCGCCUGCCAGCCGAACUUCUUGAGAAGAUAUUCAUCUUGACCCAUGCACACGGUAGUCGUCCCGUAAGAGCUCCCUCAGCGGCAAGUCUCAGUCAAGUGUGCCGCAGAUGGCGAGAGAUCUCUCUCGGUUCAGGCUGUCGUUGCCUCUGGUCGAGCGCCCUGCCCUAUCGCAGUCCUGAGUGGACAGAACUCUGCCUCAAGCGUUGCGGGUCUACCCCACCCAAUCUGAACCUCGUCUACGAUAAGACAACCAUAGGCGACGCGGGUUACCAAGCGUCCGUGUCACUAGCACUGGCGCCGCUCGAUCGAGCACACUCCUUGAGGCUUACGGUGGAAAGCGAUCUUACCGCAGAUGUUAUCGUAAGCCUUGAUAAUGCAUUCAAAAAUCUGUCACAAGCCGGCACUCCGUCGCUCGACCUUUCCGAAAUAUCCGUCGUGUUCGGGGAGAACCCAGCGGCGAGCAUAGGCUAUGUGAGCCAUAGAGUCAUACUCCAUCUAUUAGGCUCUCAAUUGCCCCCGUUCUCGCGCUUGCGCACCCUCUCACUCAUACGCUGCCGCCACCGCCACCUCCCAUCCUCCUCAAAUCUUUUCAGUAUCUCUCUUCGAAGCCUUACUCUACAUGACACGCGGUUCUGGCGUACCAUCGACGGCAUGAUGCGGCUCUUACAGAACAUCCCCUUCCUCGAGACCCUCGAGAUCAAGAGCGCCUCAGAACAGUUCAACUCACUGCCCUCAACCCCUCCCGCACCGCGAUCCAUACCGUUCCCGAACAUGAGAAGGCUUCUUCUCGAGGGUUCGUGGCAGGAGAACAUCGUGAUCUUCAGCUGGCUGGCGAUACCGCCCACCGCCCACCUCACCAUCGGCUCCAACAACGACGCAUACCCCGACUUCGAUCCUUCAAACAGCGCCUUGUUCGAAUCGGCGGCUGAGGUAUUCCGCGCGCACUUUGCCUCGGCGCUCUCGCGCGGGGCGCACUACGACGAACCGGCGAUCGCGGCGGACUUCGAGAUGUUCACUGUCAGUGCAUCGCCCGCGUCUGCGACCGCCGAGACCGCAGAUCAUACAGUCGGCACGGAGCACUGCGAUCUUCUACCGGCUCACCUUCAGCUAUCUGUACCCUGGACGGACGACCCGGACGUUCGACAACGUCUGCUGAACAUCUUCAGCACUCUCCCCAUCUUCACCAUGGCUCGAACCCUCCACCUCGAUCCGUUCUUGUGGCAAUACUAUCCAUCUAUGAUCGCGGUGUACACCAACGUUCGCUCGCUCAAGCUCGAGUCGAGCGUCGAGGCGUCCUUGGACGAUCACGGAAUCGCCGAGCAGGGCGCGCUCUUCCCUGCGCUGACGUGCGUCUGCUUUAUCGGCGUUGACUUGAGCGCUGAGGUGCUGCCGAGACUCGUUGACCAGCUGCUCGUAACGCACAGCGCGUUGCAGGACGUCGGAUUCUCCGGAUGCAGGCUUGGAGGGAAGGUUCUCGUAAAGAGAUCUGUCGAGGAAGCGGCACAGCGCUUCCAGGAGCGUGGCAUCACAACAUCAGUCACGAAUAUGGGGUAG